GUUUUCCGGAAGUAGGUUUUUCAGCGAAGAAGAGCACACAGGAACAUGGUACAUGCUGGUGGUACUGUGGUGCUACUGUAGCUAGGAUUGUUUUGAUUUUUUCCUUUAACAAGUACACGAAGAGGGAAGUCUGGAGUGGUUUGGAGCUUGGCUUUAUGUACACGUGUCCUUUAGCCGUACGAGAAAAAUGUGAAACGGUAUUUGUGACCAGGACCAUAAAAAUCGUUAUUUUGGUUGAUCAUUCUCAAUUGAAACAUUUUGCACAAACCAGACAAGGAACCCAAAUCAAACCUUCCACAUGGCAUAUCGACGUGGUCAAAAACCAAUUAGAGAUGUAUAUGAUGAGCGCUUCUCAGAAAUGGAUUCAAGAGAGGUGACUAGCCAUCGGGUGGUCAAUAUUGUUGAUAAGAGGAGCCAUAUGCCUCGGCCACAUAUGGAAUUUGAAAGAGGUUUUAAUGAUGACCAGUGGUAUGAUGGUCCUCGAAAUUACCAGGAUGCAAGAGAAUAUGAAGAAGGCAGUUUCCCGCCUAAUGACCGUCGCUACUUUGAUGACAACUCACAUGGCAAUUUUCGCAGAAAUACACCACAAAAUGAGGGCCAUUACUCUCAACAGUCUUAUGACAGAGAUGAUUUGAGGCACCAUUUAGGCUCAAGGAGCAGUGGCAGAAGUCGUCCUUAUUACCGCAGCAGAGGCCGAGUGUCAGGCCCUCCUCUAAGGAAUUCUCCGCCUGCCAAACGGGAUCGCUCUCCUGGAAGGAGGGAAGCCCAUCCUCCUGUAGCAGUCCGCGCUGGAUCCAACAGCAGCAACCGGAGCUUCUCCCCAGACAGAGAGAAAAACUUCAACUACCAGCAGGCCCAGCAAAGGCAUAAACCCAGCGUGCUGAAGAGCCACACUCCCAGCAGCUCUGUGGAAGAGACUCCUCACAGCUCUGGAUCUUCAAAGGAAAAAACUCCAGCAUCUGUAGCGGAGACGGAGGAGGUGGUGGCUGCCAGCAUGGAGCCGAAGCCCACACCAGAGGAAGACUUCAAGGCCCGCCGGUCGGAGGCCAUUAAGGCUAAGGCUCUGGAAAUUGAGAAGCAUUACAGGAAGGACUGUGAGACGUUUCGCACAGUGGUGAAUAUGUUGGUGGCCAAGGAGCCCAGUUUGGAUAAUGUGCUUCAGGCUCCACUGGAUGAGAACCUGUUGGAGAUCAAACAGCGCUGCCUAGAUGCCCUAAGGCACUUUGUGAAGGAGCUGGACGAGGUAUUACAGCAGACGGACACCUCAGCCUAAACCAAAGUCACAAAACACUGAAAUGGGGUUUUUUUUCCACUUGUUUUAAUAUUCACAUGUAUUUCCCACUUGCUGAUACAUAAAUAGGAGGUAAGAAAAUAAUUGUUCAAAUGGUUUUAUAGUUACAGUAAAAUGCAUAUAGUAUUAUGAGUAAAAACAAAGCUUCUUGUAGGGUGAAGUGCCCAAGAUACUGUUUCUGGGAAAGUUCUGCAUUUUUAUCACGAACCAUGUGUGAAAAACCUGUAAAAUAUAGUUACUUUCAGUCGAUUACAUAUAACAUUUUAAAUGGAUAUAAAUUAAAUAUUUACUUGGUUUUAUUGUUGAAUCCUUAAUGGAAUAAUGAAACCACCUUCUACUCAGUCUUUAGUGAUAAGACAUGUAUUGUCCUUCCAGUAACUGUAUUUCUUGCAGAUGAGGCAGCACAUGCAACUAAAAAAAAGUACUCUUAUCAGUAUUGAAGGGGCCAACACCAUGUGUUUGUUUCAGUGCAGUACUAUUUUAUAUAUAUACAAAAAAUGCUUUUUAUACUGUAUGUAGAUUAUUCAUUUUUUUUGUCUUUUUAGUUGUCAAACUUCUUGUGAAUAUCAUCCUUUCUUAAUAAAAG